AUUAUUAUCUGACGUACUAGCAACAGGUUGCUCGAGUAGCAGUAGAAAUUAGUCUGCUCAAAGGGAAUUGUGAGUCGUCUUUUUUAUUUAACUAUUCCAAACGUAUCACAGGAAAAUCAAAGGGGCUCAAGACAAGACAGCUUUCUAAAAUAUCUCAUCGACGGACUUGGACUCUCGUUUUUAGAAGGUCUCUCACAGCUCAGGAAGUCGACAUGAGCGCUCUCUCCUCGGACAGGAAGCCCCCUGUGGACUACGGUGUUCAGAUCCGCUUCAUCAAAGACCUCCACGACACUGGCGGGGGCUACCCGGAAAAGACCAGGGGUCGCAAUAACGCAACGCCCCCUUCCAACAAGUAUGGCGUUGCGGUUCGAGUGCAGGGCAUAUCCGGGCAGCCCUACGUGGUCCUGAAGGAUGGGGACAAAGGAGACUCGUAUGGGGUCCAGCUGAAGACCGAUCCCCCCCAGGUGCAGCCUAAGCCCCCAAGCUCAGCGCUUGCUUCCCCCUACAGUAGCCUGCCUAGAGGGAAGGACCCUGGAGAAAUACCAAACCCUUACAAACCUGAACAGCCAGCCAGCUCCCCAGUCUCCUCAGCCUCCCCGACAGAAGAGCAGGAGGCCUUUGGGAGCCCCUUUAGGAGACCCCCAGGGGACGGUCAGGCAGGGACUCAGGGGGAGGGCGGGACAGGGAGGGAGGGACGAGCAGACAGAGCGAAGAUGGACCCCCAUCCGAAACCGACCAAUGGAGUAGAAAAGGACAGCAGCUGGCCCAGUCAGGACGAAGAUUUCUUUAACGAGGCGGGGCUGAAGCCUGUUGGUCUCAAAGGGGUGGGGUCCAGAGAUCCUAAGAAUGGGGUGGGGCUUACUGGGUCACUUGGCAGACACAGCGGGAAAAAGCUUGAUUCACCCCCGGAGACCUUCCCAGAACCCCCUCCACCAGUGCCGUUUGAGGAGGAGGAGCCUGUGGCCGCCAUAGACACCAACUCCCUGGCUCCCAUCAACAAGCUCAUCAGCAAGUUUAACAGCAGCAGUCCCGGCGUGCAGACCAGGGGGCGCACCGGAGCCAGACAGCGGCUCAGGUUCGACGAACGCAGGCGCUCUCGAAGUCUGGAUGCCCGGAAGAACGCGCCUGAAGACUCUGUGACUCCUCCCCCGACUGCUACUCCCAACCCCUACGCCUCCUCGCUCACACCUUCCUCCACCUCUUCCACCCCUCGUCACGGUAGUCUAGGAAAGAGCCCCAUCUCCAUUGCCAAGGGGACAGCUCUCUCUGCCUCCAAGCCAGCGAGCAUCAACAAGACACCUGGGAAGUUUGCUGCCAAGGACAUUCCUCCAGCCAUUCCACCCAAGAAACCUGGGAUGCCCCCCCCUCUGAGGGAGCGGGGUCGAAGCGCAGAGGUCAUCAACGGAGAGGAAGCACUGACACAGCAGGCCAUCCCCUCCCUCCUGAAGGAAGGGCCCAGUGACCUGUCCAUCCAUCGAAAAGUCAACCGUGUCAAUGACACACCAAACCAUGCCAAGCCAUCAGGAGUUGAAAGAAACCUAAAGAAGGAUCUGGAGGACUGUCUUCAUGGCAACACCCAGCUGCAGACACAACUAGACAGCAAACAAACUGAACUGCUGGAGGCCCAGGAAGAGUUGACCCAGCUACGGAUGGCCAAGGAGGAGGCGGAGUCUCGGGUCCGUCAGCAUGAAGACCAACUGGCGGAGCUUCAGGAAGAGCUGAGGGGAAUCUCGGAGAACUCUCCACACACUGUUUCACUGCAGACGGAUGUGAUGAUGCUGAAGGCGGAGCUGGCGGAGGCGGCCAUGCUGCGCCAGCGGCAGGAGGAGCAGCUGCACCAGCGCGAGAGGGAGCUGACCGCCCUGAAGGGGGCGCUCAAGGACGAGGUGGAGUCUCACGACAAAGAGAUGGAGGUCCUCAGAGAGCAGUACCACCGGGACAUGGAGACCCUCCACUCCACCAUGGAGCAGGUGUCGCAGUCGCAGCAGCAGAUUGAAGAGGAGAGGCAGAAGGUGAACGAGUCCAUGUUCAGCCUGGAGGAGGAGCUCGAGAGCUGUCGAGACCAAGAGGGCUUGUGGAGGUCCCAGCUGGACACUGCCACAGAGGAACUCCAAAACAGCAAACAAGAGAAGAGACUGGAGAGCGCGACAUGCAUUCUCCUGAGAGCUCGCCUGGAAAAGGAUGAGUUUGAGGAGGAGCUGAAGAAGCUUCAGAUGUCCAUGAAGAAGACACCUGUGCUAGAUGACACAGACUCACCGCGUCGCCAUGACGAUAUUAAGCAGACUCGCUCAGAGCUCGACAGACAAAGAGUUGAGUCGAAGAAGGAGGAGGAGCUGAGAGCGUUUAGGGCAGCCAGCGAAGAGAAGGAGGCCAGACUGAGCGCCGAGAUUGAUAGACUGAAGGACCAAUCACAGAGAGACAGGGAUGAGCUCCAGAAGGCACUGGAGAAAACAAAGGAGCUGGAUCAGGAGAGCACCAAAGAGACCAACCUGGAGGAAACCAACACGCGUCUCAGGGAGAGACUAGCCCGCAUGCGUCUCCACUCCAGCGUCCCCCUGAGCUCAGACACCGAGCAGGCCCUGGAGGAUGAGAACCGCUCGCUGAAGUCCCAGCUGGAGGAGGCCAGGCGAGCAGCCUCUCGCGCGGGCAAGGAGAAGGAGGAGCUGAGCCGGCGCCUGGAGGAGAGGGACCUGGAGAGGGAGGUGCUGAAGAGGGGCAAAAGUGACCUGGAGGAGCAGAAGAGGCUACUGGACAGGGCUUUGGAGAAAAUCAACAAGGAGAUGGAGAUGAUGAUGGGGGACUCGCGCCAGUCGUUGCAGACGCUGCAGAGCCAGCUGGACGACUACCGCGAGCGCUCCAGAAGGGACCUGCUGGACGCCCAGCGCAACAGCAAAGACAGGCUGGCUGAGCUGCAGAGGGCCCAGGCCGCCCAGAAGAGCCUGCAGGAGGAGGCGUCCCGUCUCAAGAAGGAUCUGCUGGCGUGUGCAGAGGAGAGAGACGGCGCUCAGCUGGAGAGAGACCUACUGAGCAGCCGCCUCAAGCACCUGGAGAGCGAGCUGGAGUCGGAGAGAAGCUCCCACACCGACCGAGGCAGGGAGAUCAGAGCUCUGGAGGACAAAGUGAAGACGAUGGAGAUUGAGCUGGACGAGGAGAAGAGCAGCGUGGAGCUUCUCAACGACCGAGUCACACGCAGCAGAGAGCAGGUCGACCAGCUCCGUGCAGACCUGUUGCAGGAGCGAUCCUCUAGACAUGACCUGGAGAUGGACAAGAGUUCCAUGGAGAGACAGGUGAAGGACCUGAAGUCUCGCGUGGCUGACAUGGAGGGCCAGUCUCGACUUCCGGCUGGAAUCUCACUGCUGGAGGGCAAAGUCCAGGAGCUGGAGGAGAGGCUUCGCAGCGAGGAGAGGGAGAAGGGCAGUAUCCAGGCCUCCCAAAGGAGAAUGGAGAGGAAGCUGAAGGACCUGAACAUCACUCUGGACCAGGAGAGGAACACGCACGCCGAGCAGAGAGAUCAGCUGGCGCUGCGUGUGAAGGCCCUGAAGAGGCAGGUGGACGAGAGCGAGAGCGAGGUGGAGCGUCUGGAGGGGGUGCGCCGGAAGGUUCUGAGGGAGCUGGAGGAGCAGCAGGAGCUACAGGACACUCAGCAGGCGAAGAUCUCCACCCUGGAGGCUGAGCUCAAGAGGAAGGGGCAGCAGGCACGUCGCCCGGUCCUGGGCUCAUCCAACCUCAGCUCGGAGGACGAGGACGGCUUUUACGACACCAACAGCAUCGCUUCCAUCCUCAGUGAGGCACAACUGCAGACAACCAACUGCUAGAGUACGAGGAAGGGGAGGGGGAGAGAAAAGAAGGGGAAACAAGUGUAUUUUCAACAAAGUGUUUCAGCCUUGGAUUGUCAGAACGAGAAGUUCUUAGGGGUUAAUGAUAAGCAUAGAUGCCAAGCACUACAUGACUGCCUUGCAGCCAAAAUACAAAUGUUCUAGAGGAGCUAUUAUAAAGCUGGCUGUUUCAAAACCAGGCAUUCUGCCAGUACAGAGUAGCAUUCUGGCACUUCAUCCUGGAACCUUCUGCUGUGAUAAGUGUGCUGAUUUCAUGAAUGUUCCGUAUCACAAGGGAAGCGUAUCGAUCUACUUGGAGUGACAGGGUUUUACUGUUCUUCUUGAUGUGUUUUUCAGAAUGCUUAUUACUGUGUAUUACUGAAUUAUUACUCCAACAUUUACUGAUGCAGAACAUUAAUACAACAAUAAAUUACUUUUAUAGUUGUUUGAAGUUGUUAAUGUGGAUUUUUGCAGUUUUCACAACUUUUGCACGUUUUUCCAACUCUACUGUUGUAAAUCCAAAAGGCAACAAGCAUGUUUGUCCUUAAUGUUCUAAAGCACUGCGGUUUUAUGUUCAAUGUUGUUGUGUUAAGUUCCAGGCACGACAUGACUGCGAUACAUGAUACUGCUGUACCCUUUCUGUUUGUAGCAUGUCUUCUAUGUUACUUUGGUGAUGGGAUACCUUUUUAUCUGAAGUCAAGUUAAUUAUUUUUGUGGUACCUCAGCAUUUGAUUUAGGGCAGCUUACAGGAAGGCCCAAAGGUUUCUGGUUUAACUUAAACACCAGAUAUUCAGGUCAGUCAGGUUUACAGUUUGUUUACCCUCUAAGGGAAGCUCUCAGCUAUAGAAACAUUAUUCUUUCUAUUUCUGUCCAUACCCUCAAACCCCAGGCUGUUUUGGAAUUUUUGCAGCCUCUACUGAAAUGCCUUAAGGUUUUACUGUUACCUGUUAUGAAAUGAAGUUGUAGUUAUGGUUGUUUGUGUUCAUUGUUGUACUUUGCUGCUGCAAAUUAUUUUUGUGUUGAUUAUACAUUUCUUUGACUUUGAAUCCCAAGGUUAGACUUGAAAUUGCGUGUCAUUUUCUCUCCUUGCAACUGCCUUUUCGAUUAUAACUUUUUUCUUACAAACAAGUGAAUUGUCGCAAACUGUACCUACUUUUCUGUUUAAAAUGUCUUUGUGAAGCUAAAUAUUCUUGGUAUUCUAAAGAUGAAAAUUGUAUGUUUAUAUGGUCGAUAUAUGGUAUAUUUGAUAUGUACUGCAUAAUUCUGUAUGCUUUUCUAGAAUGUUGACACUUUGCUAUCUCAAAUACAUUUUAGACUUUGUACAUACA